GGCAGCGCCGGGGCGGGGCGGGGCGGGCGGCCGGGCCGGCCCCGGCGGGCGGUUCCGCCGGCCGCGCCAUCGCGGGGGCCCCGCGGGGCGGAGCGGGGAGCGCCCGGCCCGAGAUGGCGGCGCACGGCAGGUAGCGGGUGCACGACCCGCCCGGUACCGGCCCCGCCAUGCACUUCUCCAUCCCCGAGACCGAGACCCGCGCCGGCGACGGCGGCGCCGCCUACGUGGCCUACAACAUCCACGUGAACGGGGUGCUGCACUGCCGGGUGCGCUACAGCCAGCUCCUGGGGCUGCACGAGCAGCUGAGGAAGGAGUAUGGCGCCAACGUGGUCCCCGCCUUCCCCCCAAAGAAGAUCUUCACGCUCACCCCGGCAGAGGUCGAGCAGCGGCGGGAGCAGCUGGAGAAGUACAUGCAGGCGGUGCGGCAGGACCCGGCGCUGGGAGCCAGCGAGACCUUCAACAGCUUCUUGCGCAAGGCCCAGCAGGAGACGCAGCAGAUCCCCACAGAGGAGGUGAUGCUGGAGGUGCUGCUCUCCAACGGCCAGAAGGUCAAGGUCACCAUCCUCACUUCGGACCAGACAGAGGACGUCCUCGAGGCCGUGGCCUCCAAGCUGGAUCUGCCGGAUGAGCUGAUCGGCUACUUCAGCCUCUUCCUGGUGCGACAGGCCAAGGACGGAGCUUUCUCCUUCGUGCGGAAGCUGCAGGAGUUUGAGCUGCCGUACGUGUCCGUCACCAGCCUGCGCGACCCCGAGUUCCGGAUCAUCCUGCGCAAGAGCUACUGGGACUCCUCUUACGAUGACGACGUAAUGGAGCACCGCGUGGGGUUGAACUUGCUGUACGUGCAGACGGUGUCAGACAUCGAGCACGGGUGGAUCCUCGUCAACAAGGACCAGCACCGUCAGCUGAAGUCCCUGCAGGAAAAGGUCUCCAAGAAGGAGUUCAUCCGCCUGGCGCAGACCCUCAAGUACUACGGCUAUCUCAAGUUCGACCCCUGCGUCACCGACUUCCCCGAGAAGGGAUGCCACGUCGUCGUCAGCGCCGGCAACAACGAGCUCAACUUCCAAGUGCGGCUGCCGAACGAGCAGAUCAAGGAGGGCAGCUUCAAGGUGACGCGCAUGCGGUGCUGGAGGGUCACGUCCUCGGUGCCAAUGAGCAACGGUCCCUCGGGGAGCAGCCCAGGCAAGUCUGAGGUGAAGCUGGAGUUGGCUUUUGAGUAUCUGAUGAGCAAGGACCGGCUGCAGUGGGUCACCAUCACCAGCCCGCAGGCCAUCAUGCUGAGCAUCUGCCUGCAGUCCAUGGUGGACGAGCUGAUGGUGAAGAAGUCUGGGGGCAGCAUCCGCAAGAUGUUCCGCCGGCGGGCGAACGGGGCCCUGCGGCGCUCGGACAGCCAGCAGGCCGUGAAGUCGCCGCCGCUGCUGGACUCGCCCGACGCCUCCCGGGAGCCGAUGGCCAAACUCUCGAGCAAGCUCACCUCCGUCAGCCUGCGCGGGAUCAGCCACUGCAGCUCUGCCAGCGACGUGGGCGCUAACGACUUCCACGGCAACUACGCUUUUGAGGGCAUUGGCGAUGAAGAUCUGUAGCGCCCCGUCCCAGGACGGCACCGGCCGGGCCCUCGCUGAGGAAUGUACGACCUGCACACAGGUUGCAAUCAACGUGCCUCUCACCUGCUCCUCCGCCCCCUCCCCGGCCCCCGCGUGGACAGACACGUCCCGCUGCCCGGGGGACACGGCCACGUCCCGCCGCUGGCUCCGGCGGGGAGGAGGCUCGUUCCCGGGUGGCCCCAGGCCUGGCCCUGGCGCAGCACCGCGGGGCCUGGGACAGAGCGGUCCCCUCCCCCGCUGCCCCAGGUGGCUGGGGCGGCGCUCGGUGGCAUCGGCCCGGUGGCACCGAGCCCUCAGGGGCUCCGUAAUGCCAAAUUAGCGUUUAGGUCUCUGCUCGAGGUGGUGCAGUCGCUGUCUCCGGGGCGCUCGGCGCAGAGCCCCCUCUAACCCGCUCGUAGGCUCCAGUGUAAUCUCAGCUUGUAACCACGUAUCUGCUGCUGCUCAGACCCACCGGAGCGUUAACGGACAGUAACCGAUGUUUACACACUGCGAUGAUGAUUAAAAUGGAUCCUGAUUGGUA